AUGGAGAUUCUGAUGCAUUUGUGUCACGGAUCUGUUUGUGGACAUGAGCCUGUUUCAGAUGGAGGUUUUCUAGAGAAGUAUGGGUAUCUGCACCAGGAGGACCACAGACACAAUUCAGCUGAAGUCACCUCAGCAGUCAGGAAGUUCCAGUGGCUGUCGCACCUGCCCAUCACGGGACGGCUGGACAGCUCCACACUGCAGCAGAUGGCCGCUCCCAGGUGUGGGGUGAAGGACGGACGGAGCCACAACACCUGGGCCCAGAGGGUCCGAGCCAUCGUCACCGGUGACCUGGCAGCUGGCAGCCACCACCGACGCAGCAAGCGCUACAGCCAGCCAGGUGAGAAGUGGUCCAAGCGUCACCUGACGUACAGAAUCAUGAACUGGCCACGUCACCUCUCCCAGGGGUCAGUGAAGCUGGCAGUGCGUGCUGCCUUCCAGCUGUGGAGCAACGUUUCUGCUCUGGUCUUCCAGGAGGUAACCCAAGGACCCACUGAUAUCCGGCUGGCCUUCUUUGACGGGGAGCACAAUGAUGGCACAGGGAACGCUUUUGAUGGCCCAGGGGGAGCCCUGGCGCAUGCAUUUUUCCCACGUCGAGGCGAGGCCCACUUUGACAUUGCAGAGCGAUGGACGCUGAACGGCCACAAGGGGCACAACCUGUUUAUGGUGACGGCGCAUGAGAUCGGCCACACGCUGGGGCUGGAGCACUCGCCCGUUCGCCAUGCCCUCAUGUCGCCCUACUACAAGAAGCUGGGCAAGGCGCUGGUGCUGAGCUGGGACGACAUCACCGCUGUGCAGAUGCUUUAUGGAAAGCCUGCUAGUGGUCAGUUGGUUCAGUUACCUGGCCAGGUAUUCAGCUCUGCCCUGCGGGAUUGGGAGAUGACCGAGGGGGUAAAGCAGAAUCCUACUGGCCAGCCUCAGUACUGCCAGGGCUUCUUUGAUGCCAUCACAAUGGACCAGAACAACACAGUCCUGGUAAUCCGGGGGGGUCUGUUCUGGACAGUGUCUAAGGGGGGUAAUGUGAGUGCACCUCGUCCUCUCCAGUACCGCUGGCCACACCUCCCACUGGCUGUUGAUGCGGCUGCUUUCUCCCCAGUGGACAGCAAGUUUUACUUUUUCAAAGGCAGACAGGUGUGGCGAUACUCGGGCAGCAGCCUGGAUCCCAGCUUCCCGAAGAAGAGCAGCGAAAUGGGCCUUCCCCGACACCCAGACUGCGCCUUCUUCUAUGCCCCCCUCGGACAUAUGGUCCUGCUGAAGGGCUCACGCUACUUUGUGCUGAACUUGGGAGCCCUGCAGCUGGAGCCCUACUAUCCACGCGGGCUGGCCGACUGGAAGGGGGUACCCCGCGGGACCAACGGUGCUCUGCGCUGGUCUGACGGUCGCUUCUACUUCUUCAGACAGCAGCACUUCUGGAGGUUUGACCCCAGGAAGGUGCGGGUGACCAGGGGUGGAAAGUGGGCCCAAGAGCUAGAGUGGACCGGUUGCCGGAGAACCCACGGGAGCAAUGACAUCCUCUGACCCCCAGGGGGAGCUUCGACUUUGAACAGAGGGGAGAGGAGACAGUAUGUGCAAUCUGACAGGCUGGGCCUCAGUGCUCAGACUGUCCUCACCAAAUCCAGGGUGUGUGUUGUAAUUUCUUAAGACUCAGUACCUCACAACAAGUGUUCAGAUUCCUCAACAAUCAUACAAAUGUGACUGCUAUUCUGUGUUUUUCCACAUAUUUUUAUUAUUAAUGGGAGCUGCACCAAAACAUUGCCACAUACAGUAGUUUUACUCAAGAAUAUUGCCCAUGUUUAAGAAAACAUUUCAUAUGAUCCUUGGUUUUACACUGAAUUAAGUUCUGUA